ACAGUGCCACUGCUAUUAAGAUUCCUUCCGUUUCAAAGUCAUGCCCAUAAGUCUUCUGCUUGCAAUGCAUGGACAAUGGCUGCAGCGCUGAGACUUAUCAGAAGAAUGCUGAUCUUAAGGAUAACUCUAGCCGUCUUUGUGCUCUUCAUCCCAAAAUCUUCAGCAACACUUGAUACCGCAUUCUCACUCACCAACAAGGCCACUGGCUUUUGUUUACUGAAAAGAAAUAAUCGCUGCCUUGACCUGCGCUGGACAACCAGCGACCGGCUUUUUUUUGUCUUAACUAGAAAGUGUCUGGGAGCACAAGGCAAAAGUGCGGGGAGUGAAGUGAAUCUCUACGAUUGUGACGACAAGUCUGAGCUCCAAAAGUGGGAAUGCAGGAAUGAAACCCUGCUCGCCCUCAAAGGACAACAGCUCUACAUUGAAAUCAGAUCUGAUGAAUCAAUUGCUCUCUCUAAAACAGUCGGGCCAAAUAACCACCUCACAAUCACAGGGACAUCCAGUGGUGCUUGCACAAGAACAUACAGAGAAUUGUACACCAUUGAAGGAAAUGCAUUUGGAAAGAUCUGCAUGUUUCCCUUCAUGUAUAAAGACCGGUGGUUUGCAGACUGCACCUUAUUUGACUCCUCAUCGAAGCGUCUUUGGUGUGCAGUUGAAACAAAAUAUGAGCAUGAACAGUGGGGAUACUGUCCGACUUCUUCCACAGAACACUGGGCGAAAAACCUUGUAACCGGAGCGUAUUACCAGCUCAACACACAGUCAGCUCUGACUUGGGCCCAGGCUGAGACCAGCUGCAAACAGCAGACUGCCUCCUUGGUCAGUAUCACCGAUCCCAAUGACCAGGCUUAUAUGUCAGCCCUGCUGGGAUCAGGGAGACAUAAGCUUUGGAUUGGGGUGGUUCUGGACCCAGAACAUGGCUGGCAGUGGUCAAAUGGGAAACCUUUCCGUUAUCUCAAAUGGAAUACUGGAAAUCCACUUCCUAACCCAGGACACAACUGUGCAUACCUUGAUUCUGCUGCGCAGUACUCCUGGGAAAGUUCAUCCUGCAACAAGAAACUGGGCUAUAUCUGCUACAAAGGCGGGGCCCCACCAUCUCCUCCACAAAUUGAGGAAGGAUUUUGCUCAAACCCUUGGAUUCCCUACAACAGCCACUGCUUCUACCUUCAGCGUACUCCUAAAACAUGGGCUGAUGCCCGGAGAGAGUGCGCCAAAGAACACGGGGACCUAGUGAGCAUUCGGAAUGUGGAGGACCAAAGCUUUGUCAUCUCUCAGCUUGGAUAUGCAUCCACUGAUGAGCUUUGGAUCGGAAUGAAUGACAGGAAGACAGAGGGGCUGUUUGACUGGAGUGACCAUUCUACUGUCAGCUUCACCAGCUGGGAGUAUGGGAAACCUGCUGUCUCCACUGAUGCAGAAGACUGUGUUCUCAUGAGAGGGGAGAGUGGGAACUGGGCGGAUCGCACAUGUGAUGAGCAACAUGGAUUCAUCUGCAUGAAGCAAAGUGAAACUGAACGCACUGGAGAUGAAACAGUUCUGGCAACAGACAUAGGCUGCAAAGAUGGUUGGAAAAGACAUGGAUCCUACUGCUACUUUGUGGGACCUGAGACAAAAACGUUUGAUGAAGCUAAAGAUGCCUGUAAGAGCGCAGACUCCUACUUAGCUGAUGUUUCAAAUGGGGUGGAUAAUGCAUUCCUCAUCAGCUUGGUAGGCCUGAGGCCAGAGAAAUUCUUCUGGCUUGGGCUGUCAAACCAGAAAGACAUUGAUCAGUUUGUGUGGACCAACACGGACUCAGUGAGGUUUACUCACUGGAAUGCCCUAAUGCCAGGUCACCAGCAGGGUUGUGCUGCCAUAAAAACUGGGAUUUUUGCUGGGCUCUGGGAUCUGCUACCCUGCACCAAUAAGGAGAAAUACAUUUGCAAACACCAGGCAGAGGGGGCAGUUGUAACUGUUCCACCACCAACUCCAGCUCCUCCAAAGUGUGCAGACGGUUGGGUUCGAGUGUUAUCAAGAAACAUCUGUGCUAAGUUUUUUACAGGGCCUCGUGCAGGUGAGAAGACCUGGUUUGAGGCCAGGGAUUACUGCAGGGCCAUUGGAGGAGAUCUGCUCAGCAUCCACAGCAGUGUUGAGCAGCUAGUGGGAAACCGUGGAAAAGCCUGGAUUGGACUUCAUAUUCCUGAAUCAAGCACUGGCUAUGCAUGGAGUGACGGCUCCCCGCUAAACUUCCAGCACUGGGAGGAAGGAGAACCAAACAAUUUCAAUAAUGCAGAAUCUUGUGCUGAAAUAAAAAUGUAUAACUCACAUGAGUAUGGGUCUUGGAACGAUAUGAACUGCGAGAGUUACAAUGACUGGUUAUGUCAAAUCCGUGCAGGAGUGACUCCAAAACCACCUCCAAAUGCAACCGCACCAGAUUAUAAUACCACUUCAGAGGGUUGGAUUGAGUGGAGAGGGAGUCAGUAUUAUAUUAACAGCAUGUCAAUGGCCAUGGAGGAGGCUCGUCACUUCUGUCAGCAGAGGCAUGGUGACUUGGUCACUAUCAACAGUAAAGAGGAAAAUAUCUUCUUGUGGAAACAGAUUUCCAGAAGCUACGGGGCCUAUUAUUUAGGUUUAUCAGUGGAUCUUGAUGGGUCACAGUGGUGGUUGGAUGGUUCUCAAGUGUCACUGCAAAGAUGGGAUGAAAAUCAACCUAAUACUAAUAGCUUUUCUGACAACUGUGUUACUAUGACUUAUUAUAUGGGUUUCUGGCGUAAUUGUAAUUGUGGCCAAGAGCACCAGUCUAUUUGUAAACGAGGCCACUCACCACCCACCAACACCACUGCAGCCCCCACAGCUCCUCCUAAAGGUGGCUGCCCACGCACCUGGACAAAAUUUGACUCAAAGUGUUACAGUAUCAAGAGCCAGAAGGUUACCUGGGAACAGGCAAGGACUAAGUGCUCUGACAUUGGAGGCAGUUUAGUCUCUAUACCCACAAGGCGUGUGCAAGCAUUUUUGAUCAUUCAAAUGGCUAAAGCAGCAGCCACAGACCUGUGGAUUGGUUUAAAUAGUGUACAACAAGAUGGAUUUUACUGGACCGAUGGAAAACCAAGGCGAUACACCAACUGGGGCUAUUCUAAACAUCGACGUCGUCCAGGGUCAUUUUAUCAGGCGUGGAAUGAGGAAGACUGUGUCGUGAUGGGCAGCAGCCCUACCACUGGAAUUGGUAAAUGGCUGACUAAGUCUUGCAAUGACACCAAUGGAUUUGUCUGUCAUCGAAAUCUUGACCCAAACACCCAACCUCAACCAGAGCCACCUAUUCCAAACAUCUAUGUGUCUCUGGGAAAUGACAGCAUCAAGGUUGUGACUCAAAAUCUGACCUGGGAUGAUGCAAAAAAACAAUGUGAAGGUGAUAAAGCUAACCUGGCCAGUCUUCGAAAUGAGUGGACACAGGCCUAUCUUGAGCUGCUGGUUAUGAACCUCAAAGCUCCUGUAUGGAUUGGACUGAACAAAAAACAGACUGGAGGUUAUUUUAAGUUCAUUGAUGGUUGGCAACUGAACUUUGCUGCCUGGGCUGAAGGUGAACCAAACACAGAUCAACCUUGUGUGUAUAUGGACAUAGAUGGAGAAUGGAGGACUGCUUUCUGCAAUCGGACCAUGAGCAGUGUUUGUAUGCAGUCUACAGAUGUGGCACCAACAGAGUCAACCAAUUUCCCAGGAGUUUGCCCUGAUGUGGCAAAUGUGGGGUAUGAACUGAGUCAGUCCUGGUUGCCAUUUAAGGGCCAUUGUUAUUUAUUUAUGACAAACGAAAUUGAAUGGUCAGAUGCAGCUACAAGCUGUGUAAGGCAUGGUGGACAGCUUGCUAGCAUUGAAGAUCCUUCUGAGCAAAUGUUCAUCAAAAGUAACGUGGAAAUAUUUCAAGACAGCCACAGCGCUUUCUGGGUUGGCCUGUAUAAAACUCAUAAAGGCAACUGGAACUGGUUGGAUAACACAGUCAUGGACUACACUAAUUGGGGUCCAGACGAGCCCAAUUAUGACUACGGAGAGAUUGGAGCCUCAGACGGCCUAUGGAGGUCAGGUCGCAGAUGGCAUGACAGAGCAUACAUCUGUGAAACACCAAAAGUGAUGCGCACAGAUUCAGAUCCAAUAUCUGGACCUGAAGGACAUAAGGAUAAACCCAGUCGUCUCCACACGAGUUUGGUAGUUGCGCUGAUCAUUACAAUCACUUGUACACUGACAGUUGGUGCAUUCUUCCUCUACAAGAAGUCACCUCAUAUUUUACCCACCUUUGAAAAUCCACUCUACUUUGACAGUCAGCGAUCUCAGCCUGAUGUGGUGGACACCAAUAAACUGAUAGAGAAUGCAGAGGAAGAAAACCCUGAGCCUAUUAUAAGUCUGUGAUUUAUAAAGUAGCAGAAUCUGGAGGGACAUGCACUAUGCUGUAUCCCAGGCUGAUGUAUUAUGCUUCAUUUGUGUUUUUGCUGCAUUUUUAUUUGUCUUUUACUAUAUGGAGUCUAUAUUCAGUUAUUUAACAAUGUCACACAGUUUCAAUAUACAGUAGUUGGCAAAUGCUUUACCUCAUGAAACAGAACAAUUUAGGCUUUAGGAUCUCUCAGUGGGAAUGAUUAGCAUUUGCAUUUUUUUUUUAAUCUAUGGUUGUAUGUAUAUAAUUGUUAAAUAUUAUGCUUAUGCCCACUAGUUGCUGUUCAUUGCUUGUACUCUUGAACUUGUCAAAAAAAGAAAUAAAAAUAUAAAUCUCAAUGUCUGUCACUGUUAAAUGGCCAUUAAAAUUCCCACUAAACAAUGACUGUGUAAUUUG